AUGAAAUUCACCACCUUUCUCGCGGUCGCCUUGAUGGGCCUUGUCUCUACCGCGCUCGCUGGCUGUCAACACGACUGGGACUGCCACGGAAGUUGCGGCAGCGCUGGCCAGCAAGCCUGUAGUCCGCGGGAUGUGGAGUUCUCCACACAUCCGGCGGGAGGGAUCUCGUGGGGUGAGCGGAGCGAUACAAAGAUGACUUGCUCGCUGGAGAGUUUCCUAUUCCUCCCCCUUUUCAUUCGUCGUCGAACUCCAACACACAACACUCGACUUUUCGACAAACAUCGUCUCAUUUCGGCAUCACCACUUCCCGAACUCUGUCGCAAGAGAGCAAUUGGCGACAUCCUCACUUCCAAACAGCACCACAAGUGUCAAGACCCAAGCACGACAAUCAUGAACAUCCAAGCCCUGAUCGCCGUCAUCUUCGUCGGUCUCCUCGCGCCCAUGGCCACGGCCGGUAAAAAUCUUCCCGAUCUCGCUGCCGGGAUGGUUGGGACUUUGCUGCGGGUGCGGACGGGAGGAGAGGAGGCAGCUUCAAGAGUGUCAUGGCGGAGAAUCCAGCUCGGACAUUUUUCGCGUCUUGUGAAUGGGAGGGAAGUGGUUCACCCCGCGACAUUCAGAUACGCCUGGCUUCGCUCCUUGGACAUGGCCAGCGCUUGGUUGGAGAUGCUGUUAGCUCCGCUGGAUCGGAUUGUGGUCCAGGAGAAGAUGUAUAUUGAUGCGAAGGUCUUGGACCUCGAGAAGGCAGACGAGCUUGAAGACCCAGGGAUGAAGCAAGGUGUUUGCGACGGAGACGUCCAGAAGCCAUAG